AUGGCACAAACUAUUGAUUAUAAUAAAAUUAAAGAAGCAUCCGUAAAAUAUCCAAAACUCAAAGAAAUCAAUUAUACUUAUGGAACUGCCGGAUUUCGAAUGAAAGCUGAUUACUUGGAAUCGGUGAUUUUUCGAGUAGGAAUUUUGGCAGGCUUACGUUCCAAGAAAUUAAAUUCCAAAUUUAUAGGCAUAAUGGUCACUGCAUCUCAUAAUCCUGAAGCAGAUAAUGGAGUUAAACUUGUGGAUCCAAGUGGAGAAAUGUUGGAACAACGAUGGGAAGCCUAUGCUACCCAAUUAGCUAAUGCUCAAAGUGAAGAAGAAUUGAUCACUGUAAUCAAAUCUAUUGUUUCGCAAAAUGAGAUCGACGAAUCAAAAAAUGCUGCUAUCGUUUAUGCAAGAGAUACUAGACCAAGUGGCCCAAAGUUGAUAGCUGCACUUGAAGAUGGAAUUAAAGCAAUUAAUGCAGUGGGAGAAAAUUUAGGCAUUAAAACUACACCACAACUUCAUUACUUUACAAAUUAUUUAAAUUGUUGUGAAAAACCAGUAGAAGGUAAUUGUGAAGAACUUGCAGAUAAACUUUAUUACGAAAAAUUUGCAAAUGCUUUUCAUAAAGCUGUGGGAGACAAUCAACGUCUUUCCACCAUCAAUGUUGAUGCAGCGAAUGGAGUUGGUGCACCAAAACUGAAGGAACUCGCUGAGUGGAUUGAUAAGAUUAAUGAUAAUAUCUUUAAAGUUACUAUCAUUAAUGGAGAUAUCAAUACUCGAGGAAAGUUAAACUUUCAAUGUGGUGCUGAUUAUGUAAAGUCAGGACAAAAUCCUCCACUUGGAUUAAGUCUUAGCUGUGAACAACGUGCGGCUUCUUUGGAUGGCGAUGCAGACCGUAUCGUUUUCUAUUAUGUUGAAGAAGACAGGAUUGCAGCAUUGUCUGCUGGGUUUAUUAUCGAACUUGUUAAAACUGCCGGUCUCGAUAUAAAUGUGGGAGUAGUUCAAACUGCCUAUGCAAAUGGAAGUUCUACUGCUUACUUGGAGAAAGAGUUGGCCGUCAAAAAAUUACAAGCAUCAGCAGAAUUAAUUAAUCAAACAGUUGGAGAUGCAUUAUCAGAUUUAUUAUUUGUUGAAUCAAUUCUAAUUAAUCGACAAUGGUCAUUUCAAAAGUGGAAUUCAAUUUAUACAGAUAUGCCAAAUCGCUUGGUAAAAGUUGUGGUUGCAAAUAGACAAAUCUUUAAAACCACUAAUGCUGAGAGAACACUUGUUAAACCUAAAGGACUUCAAGAAAAGAUCGAUAAAUUGGUUGCACAAUAUAAGAAUGUACGUGUUUAUGCUGAAGCAUCUACGCGUGUAGAUUGUGAUGAGUUAGCAUUUAAAGUUGCAGGACUUGUUUAUGAUGAAGCUGGUGGUUGUGGAGGAAGACCUUCCGAGUUUUU